CGAAGAACGGGAGCUGUAAAGCUUUAGGUCGCUGAGAGAAGAUCGGUGUCAAGAGAUAAUGGGCGGCGAUGUAUAUCACGUGUGCAUAGCGAUAGAUCCAUUCGUGGUCUCUUCCGUGGGACAAAGUUUUCUUCGAUCACCAAAAUACACUCCCCCAGACUCUUUCUUUCUCUCAUUGCCUCGCAUAACGCGUCAAAGGCCUUCACAUUUUGUCGCAAUAACAGCACAGCUUCCAACACAGCCCACCUUGCCUGAUCCUUUACAGCCCGUACCUUCCAGGGUGGAUUCAAACUGGUCAGCAUGCGUAUCAGUGAGGCCACAUCACUCUCCCCUCCCUCUGCCUCUCCGUAAUGAAUCGCCUCUGCCGCAAUACCCGCCAUGCUGA